UUUACUUUACAUCCAACAACAAUUCGUUUCAGCCAAAUCCGCUGUGAAGUCGGCAAAGUCGUGAGUGUGCAAAAUCAUUUGUAAGCUGGAAAAUGGGCACAAAGAUCGAGUACGUGGACACGACGCAUCUCUAUGCAACCAAAUACAUACGCAAUUCAAAAGCCAUAGCCGUACUUUGGGCGAUAUUCACAAUAUGCUAUGCAAUCAUCGGCAUCGUUGCCUUUGUGACGCCAGAAUGGGUCGGCGAUCCGGACAAUGAAAGUGCGGGACGCUUAGGUCUGUGGCAGGUGUGUCAGCGAGAUGAGAUAUUCGACAAUUGCAAGCGACGUUGGGAGACCAUACUUUCAGUGCCAACAUUCUCGUUCCAAUUGGCAACAUUCUUUAUGGUUGCGGCGGUGGCAUUGGCCUUGCUGACAAUCUGCUUCUUGGUAUUCUUGAUCUUCAUGAAGUCGACGAGAGUCUUUCACAUAUGCGGUUGGAUGCAAAUCAUAUCAGCGCUUUGCAUGAUUGUCGCCUGUGCCGCCUUUCCUUUCGGCUGGAAUUCAGAUGAUUUUCGCAAAAUCUGCGGCCCUGAUGCGAAUCGUUUUGAACUUGGUCUCUGCGGCAUUCGCUGGGCCUAUCCUCUUGCCAUAAUCGGCUGUGUCGAUGGUGUAGUCCUGGCCACGCUCGCUUUCAUACUUGCCACGCGACAUGUUCGCUUACAACCUGAUCCCCUCUAUCAGAGCUCGCUCUACAAAGGCGAGAUUAACAACGCUUACAUUACAGACGCUGUCAGCUUGGCCGGCUCACGGAAAUCGCUGAAUCUGCAGCCAAUUUUGCUGGUGGCGCCGCCGCAAAAUAUGCCCGCCAACGGCGAUGACACGAUAUCACAAUUCUCCUCACGCACACCCAACCAUCGAUAUCGACCCGACUACCCAAUGCAUCAGUUCUGAGGUUGGCUCCGAGUCUCCUUGGUCUCGUGUGAUGAACAUACAUACUUUGUGCUGCCGACCUAUUUUGUGAUUUGUGAUCUUUCGUGUGUUUGAUAUUUUCUAUUUUCCUAUUUUGUGUGCUAAGGAUUUUCAUUUCCAUUUGACUUCCUAAAUGCAGGUUUUUGUGGACUGAAAGAAAAAAAGUAAAAUCAAAACCUUGUAAUGAAAGUUGUGUCGCACUCUACGGCUACCUGUAUAUAGCUACGGUAAAUAGGAAUGUAAUUUUAUUGUAUGUAUUUUUAAUUUGUAAAAUGUACAAUAGAAAAUAAGCGUAAUCCUAAAUAAAUUAUUGUCUUUAUCUGUGCGAAUGAAAAACUU